AUGUUUCGCUCUCUUCUUCGCUGCAGUCCCCGGCUCACGCUUCUACGCAAUCACGUCGUUCCCCUCAAUCAAUUCACUUCAAUUCGCGCCAUGUCUGUCCCAACAACAAUGAAGGCCGUAGUGGUCGAGCAGACCGGCGGUCCUGAAGUACUCCAAUUCAGAACCGCGCACCCAGUGCCAAACCCCCAAGCAGGUCAGUUACUCGUGCGCAACAAUAUCUCUGGUGUGAACUACAUCGAUACCUAUUUCCGCACGGGUCUGUACCCUUCGCCCAAGCCUGAGGUUCUGGGCCGAGAGGGCGCCGGUGUCAUUGCCGCUGUGGGACCUGAGACCUCCGGGUUCCAGGUUGGUGAUCGGGUUGCUUGGCUGGCUACUCAAGGUUAUGCUGAAUAUACCGCCGUGCCGGCUGCUAAGACGGUCAAGAUUCCCGAGGGCAUCAGUGAUGAAGAUGUUAUGGCCUCGUUCUUAAGUGGAUUGACUGUGCUCGCCUUUGCUAAGGAGACAUAUCCUGUCCAAAAGGGUGAUUGGGUUCUGCUCCAUGCCGCUGCUGGCGGCGCUGGUUUCUUGAUGACCCAGAUUUUGAAGACUAUGGGUGCCAAGGUUAUCGGCACUGCUGGUGGUGCAGAGAAAUGCGCUCUUGUGAAGAGCCUCGGUGCUGAUGUUGUCAUUGAUUACCGCAGUGAGGAGGGUAAGGACUGGGUGAAGUUGGUAAAGGAGGCGACUGGUGGUCGUGGUGUUGACGUCGUCUACGACUCCGUUGGCAAGGAUACCUGGGAAGGAAGCCUGGAGGCUGUCAAGCGCAAGGGUACUAUUGUCUGGUUUGGCAAUGCCAGCGGGCCUGUACCACCACUCCCCCUUCCUAAACUCUCUCCCAAGUGUGUCAAGGUUGCCCGCCCAACUCUCUUUGGAUACAUUGAGACCCGUGGAGAGUUCGAGUACUACACCAAUGAGCUAUUCACUUUGUUGCAGUCUGGUCAGCUGAAGACCAAGAUCCAUAAGAUUUACCCCCUAGAGGAGAUUGCUCAGGUUCACAAGGAUCUCGAGGGACGGAAGACCAUGGGCAAGCCUCUUCUGAGACCUUGA